AGGGCGGGACUCGUUUGCACACAACUGCGUUCUUUAUAAUUGCUCGUAAUUGCUCUUAGGCACAAGUGCACUCUUUCGUUCACCGACAAGGGUGGAUCACCGACGUAUAAACUGCACGAAAACAAGCGGAUACAGCGAGAGAAGACAGUGAGUUGUGUCGAUGUCCGACGUGACACAGUUAUUAAUAAUUCUAGCAUAGACCUAAAAAUACAGCACGUUGCUUAAUAUACGUACUUACGCAUUCAACUAGUGAAAGUGUCGAGAAAGAAACACGGCAAGAAAUAUACAUAGGAACAUAAGCAAGUUUUCGGUUGAAUGUCUGUAAAAUAUUGAAUACCGUCAAGAAGGACGGGAAAAAUCGAAUUAACGACUUCGCCCGACAAUAAAUCUGAGAAACAGUUUUCCGGGCGUAGUGGCGCAGACGCGAAAAUCGGCGAGAAAUUGCGGGGAAGAUGCGACUACCUCGCUUCUGAAUGUUACCCCGGUCUGAUUUUGAACAUCGCAGAUGUUCGAGUUGAAAACUAAAAACAAAGAUAUUUUGCCAGAGUAAAUCAAGGAAUUUCGGGCAAAAGUGACAGAUCUGGCGAGAUGAAGCUAUUUGCGCGUCCUAAAUACUUUUCCGAGGCUAUAGCACCGGUGACAACUUUCAACUGUAUUUUAGGACUUCGUGCUUUCGAAUAUCCUCGUGGCCAUCCAAGACCCAUACUCAGCCUGAUCUAUUUGUCAUUUGUUUACAUCAUAUAUUGUAGCGGCGAGUUUCUUAUGGGAACAAAAUACUAUUCAAAUUUGAAUCUGAUGAAGCUAGAAUAUGUCCUGUACCGAAUAAUGAUGUAUGUCAUUAUUGUGUCAGUGUUAUUGAAGAUGAUAUUAGGUUGGUGGCAUACGAAGAAAUUCAAGGCUUGUCACAAAAGAAUUUUCGAAAUCGAUGCAACAUUACGACAGCUGGGAUUGACGAUGAAUUAUACUGGAUUGUAUUUCAUGACGAUCGGCACCAUAAUUGUCUGGAUCACAGUCGUCUUCAUAAUGUGCACAGUAGUUUUCAUUCACUUGCAGAUUAACACGGAUGCACUUACUGCAAUUUACCUUGGAUUGAUAUAUACGUUUUCAAUGUCUGUCAACUCUAUCAAUUUCUUCGAAUUCUACAUAUUUGCAAGAUGCUUGAAAACAAAAUUUGGAUUGAUUAAUCAACUCUUGCGCGAGAGCUUAACAGAUUCGUCAGUGGAAGAGAUGAAAUUGGGCAUCUUCGAAAUGAAAGAUUUUACCGAAAUCAUGGUUGCCGACCACCGAAAGCAAGUUGCCGCCACAAAGAUAUUUCGGAGGCGUCUGCAGAACAAAAACCAACUUGGAAAUGCACUCCAGAAUAAAUCUCCACCAAGUCACAAUUCGGCGAUGACAACAUGUCAGAAACGUACAUAUCUAUUACAAAUAAUUAAACAGGUGCACCUGGAGUUGUGUAAAAUAUCAAAAAUUGUAUGCGCUGUUCUUGGAGUACAGACAGCUUGGGAAAUAGGACUAAUUAUUGCGUUUCUCACCGGAUCUCUUUAUAAUUUAUAUAUUCGAUACGUUAUGAACCAACACCACGUUGUAGGCGUGAUAGAAGAUACAUUUCUCACGAUGUCAAUGUGUUUUAUUCAAAUUAUAAAAGCCAUUUUCUUGAAUCGCAUUUGCAAGCAUACGACCGAUGAGGGAAACAGAACCAUCGAAAUUAUCCAUGAGAUUUAUGGGUGCGACGCAGAUAUUGAUAUGCAGGAAGAGAUUCAACAAUUUGGUAUUCAAAUUUUACAAAGUCCGGUAACAUUCUCCGCUUUUGGUCUUACCCUGAAUAAUCGAAUCUUCAGCAUGAUAUUGAAAACUGUGACGACCUACUUGGUUAUCAUGAUACAAGUGAGCAAUACGCUGGAAUCAAACAAGUCUAUAAAAUAUUCACAUUUAGAAGGAUCGUAGAGAGUUGUAUAUUAUUAAAUAAUUUAUUAAUUACGACCUUGUCAACAAGCUACCAUCUUGUUCUCGAUUUCCCUACGGCUCUCUUAUCUUCGGAAAAUCCCUCAAACUUUUCGGGAAAUUGUUCCCUCUUGCAUUCGCUGCAUAUGUCCCGUCCGUACAAUGUGUUAUAAUUUUUAUUUAAUUAACCCGUAUAUUUUCUUUCUUUUGGCAAAGAUCAAUACUUUAUAGGCAAUGUUAUCACGUGAUUUUGUCCAUCAUCAAAUAUGUAAAGAAAUAGACGGCACAAAGCGGAUGAGUGAUAAUAAUAAUACAAGUAAAUAAUCACGUGAAAGUGCUUAUUUAUGUGUGUGCUCAUUUCGCGGACAGGCCGAUUAAAAAGAAAACGAUCAAGUAAUUUAGUAAUUCGUUUGCUGUUUUAUCACAUCUUUUUUAUAAUUGUGUCAAUUUUACAAAUAAAUAUCAAUUAAAAAGGAAGAAUUUUACUCUUUUCUCAAUAACUUUAUAGCACACUGCAAAUUUCUUCAAAUUCUACGUAGUGCGUGUAAUUAAAAGCGUAAUACACCACUUACCUACGACUAGGUAUAAACAAAACGGUUCCUAAAUAUUGCAGAGAAAUUUGACUGUACAGUACGCGCGCCCUGAUCGAUUGACACACUCUGAGGUGUUUAAUAUGCAUGACGUAUAAUUAAUACUCGACUGUGAGUCGAGAUUGCAUUGCAUAUUUGGCAAGAAAUAAAUAAAGAGCAAAGAUCAUUUGCAUGUUUGUUUUUAAUUUAUCCUAGGCUUUUCUUCAGUCCUCUUUCGCAUUAUUCAAUUAUUUUCCAGGCAUAACUCAAGUUAGCGUAAAAAACUCAUCGCUGGGCGGAACAUACUAAUUUUUACGUAAAAGUUGCACUGUUUUUUUUUAGCAAAACAGUAUAUUCUGGCAGUCUGUUACUCGGAUAUAUAUUUGGAUUUGUAAAGCCAAUGAGAACACUAACGUCUAAUUGACGUCGAAUAGGCGUCAAUGGAGUCGAAACCGCGUCCCAAUCGUCAGUUUUUGAAAAUAGUUAAGUUUUGGAGCUUUAUUUUUUGUAUUAAAUUACUGCGUUUAUCGUUCUGAAUACUUUUAACAUUUUAUGGGAGAGAACUGCCAAAUUAACCUAUUUAUUACAAAAUU